AUGUGGUGCAGCUCGUUCACGCAGCGAGCGCGAGGAUGGGAAGGAAUAGACUCCGAGCUGUCUGGAAGCAAUUCCCUCACGCUGCGCAUGUGCUUGCUGGAUCAAUUGGACCUGUUCCCGACAGUCGGCAUCAUCCCAAGUGAAUCCAAUGCGGUCGUUGCAAUGUCAAUGGCGAACUUGCGUCGCCUGGGGCUCGUGUCGCAUGCCCUUGUGUCGAUUCGGAAUGGAAAUGCCUCUCGCGUCGCCCAGGCUCAAUUACACGUGCAUGCCGCCGAUGACGUUGUGCACAUGAGUCCAUUCCUCGCGCACAAUCUUCGAUGUGUCGAGAUGGCGGACGUUGUUGUUGCACCUGCUUUCCACGCAAGCUAUGGUCGCAUGCAAGCCCUGCCACCGACGGCAGCUCGUGUACAGAUCGCGCCAAUUCUUUGGAAUGCUUCCAGCAGUCCUCACGAGUUGCAUGUCCUCGCAGCCCUUCGGACGUACUUUGCCAUCCCGCGGAUGCUUCAAGUUGGCGAUAUCUUUGGUGUUCCUCUCAUUGAAACGUUUCCCGAACGACAAACCCAUGCCGCCGAAGGAAACGCCUCGCCAGUCUUUGAUCCCAUCGUCGUCCAUGCUGAUGUCAUCUACUUUCUCGUCCAGCAUGCCUCGAUGCCAAACGGCGAGAUCUGUGAUACUGCGCAGGCGUUGUCGGUGGUCAGGGACAAAACUACGCUGGUCCAAACGUCGCCAGUGUCCACUCGAUUAAUGCACGAACGUCAGCUUCGGCAAUAUGUGCUGUCCACGACGACAAAUCUACCGUCGCCGGCCACGUCUGUGAGCAUCUUCCCACAGCACAUGCAGAAACUCAUCGAAUGGCUCCAUCCCACAUCGUUGUCCCUGCCGAUUUCGAUUGUAUUGGGCGGAGUUGCGGGCAGCGGCAAAAAGAUGUUGCUGUACAACGCCGCGGAAGCUUUGGGGAUGUUUGUGCUGGAAAUUGCGUUUGCAGACCUUGUGUCGACGUCCGAGGUCCAGAUGCUGGAGAACAUUCGCGCUGCAGUCGCCAAAGCGCAGUCGAUGGCGCCGUGCAUCCUAUUCUUAAAUCGAUUUUUCCAAAUUCAGAAUGACAACCAAGAGGCCGAACUUCGACUUGGCUCGACGCUCGCCGACUGCAUGACGCAUGGCAUGCACCACAUACCGUUGGUCAUCGCUGUCGAAGACAUAUCUGACCUGCCGGCGUUGAUUCGGCAAAAUUUCAUGUACGAGUUGGUUCUCGAGGCGCCAUCCGAACCCGAGCGCGUCGACAUAUUGAAGCAAUUGACUGCGUCGGUCGAACUUCACCCGGACGUGCACCUUGAAAACAUUGCUCACCGCACGGCGGGCCGGACGUUGGGAGAACUGAAAGCGUUGAUUGCCGACGCAACGACCUAUUGCUUGGAAGGUCUAGGAGGUGAAGACUCGAUUUCCUCCAUGGCUUCUCCCCAAGUUCGUCUCGAACACUUUGACCAUGCCAUCCACCACCAGCAAACGAAAACGUCGCUGGGACUGGGCACCUUCUCCAUUCCAAAUGUCAAAUGGGACGACGUCGGUGGCCUCGAGCACGUGAAGGACGAAAUUCUCGACAUGGUGCAAUUGCCUUUUAAACAUCCCGAAUUUUUUGCAGCGGGCGUACGCCAGCGGUCAGGGAUCUUGCUUUACGGCCCCCCGGGGACUGGAAAGACUUUGCUGGCCAAAGCGAUCGCGACAGAGUGCAACAUGAACUUUAUCAGUGUCAAGGGACCCGAGCUGCUCAACAUGUACAUUGGCGAGAGCGAGAAGAACGUUCGCCAUGCUCGAAAUGCGCGACCGUGCAUUUUGUUUUUUGACGAACUGGAUUCGCUGGCACCGAUGCGUGGCCGGGGCAGCGAUUCUGGAGGGGUCAUGGACCGGGUCGUGUCGCAAUUACUCACUGAGAUCGACAGCAACUUGAACGAAGUAUUUGUUGUGGGAGCGACAAACCGGCCAGACUUGAUAGAGACGGCGCUGUUGCGACCUGGCCGCUUCGACCGCCUGCUGUACUUGGGAAUCUGCAACGACAAACCGACGCAACUCAAGGUCGUGAAAGCCCUAACGCGCAAGUUUCACUUGGCCGACAGUGUCGACUUGAAUGCGGUCGUGGCAUUGUGCCCACUUCACUUCACUGGCGCCGACUUUUACGCGCUCUGCUCGAUGGCGCUGUCGUUAGCCAUCAAAGACCGCGUCGCGGAACUCGAGUCGUACAUUGCAGCCGCAAACCAAGACGACGUGUACUCGGCCCGCCCGUUGCACACUGCCAUGGUGCUCGAAAAAAUGUCCCCCGACGAGUUGCAGGUCCAAGUGACGCACGACCAUUUUGCCGCGGCGUUGCCUCACAUCGUGCCGUCCGUGUCAGCGUCAGAGCUGGCGCAUUAUGAAAAGCUCCGCCAGCAGUUUAGCUCGUUGGCCAAAUGA